GGGAUAUUUAACUUGGGAUUGAGCUCUGCUCGCAACAGACACACACGAUCACACAGUGUGCCUAAGCAAAAAGGGACUCUCCGGAGCCAAAGUGUCUCAAACAGGGGUUCCUGUAACAGGGGAUACUGUACUAGCUACCAAGGGGACAGAAGCUCUCCCGGGGGACUGCGACAAAAAACUUACCGGCCAGAGACUGCUCAAUUCGGAUUGCCGUCUUGCCAUGCACUGAUGGCAUGACUAGCAGUUUAUUGGAAGAAUUUCAAGUUAUUGAAAAAGAGAAGGGUCAAAAAAAGAGUUGUAUCUGAGAAAAGUAAAGUUAGGUGACAGCUUGUGUCUAAAAUGGACUGCGUAGAAAUCAGUUUGAAUUAAGAAAUAUUUCAAGGCAGCGCGAAACCUGUUGACUUGAAGACGUUUCAUCGCUUUGAAAGACAAAUUUAUUGUUUGUCUCUUCGCGGAAUGUACGUUUUCUUUGGAAAAAAAGAAGUGAUUUUUCCCCCUUUCAUUUGGACCGAAUUUUACUGUGUAGUUCAAACAUGGAAUGGUUAUCCUAAAUUGUACUGACGAUUCCAAGGGAACCAAUGUAAGUACUAAGAAAGACUAUUCCCUAACGCAAUUUCUGAAGGAAGCUGAACUUUGGGAUAUCGGUACUUCACAAGCGUCCAGACUAGAAGCUGCUAAACGUUACUUUUCAGCAAAUGGAUUUUGCUUUCAUUUUUGGAAUCUCACAGUCCUGAACUCUGCAUCACUACGGUAAAGAUAAGCUUGACUAAGUCGUAUUUAAAACUCGAAGCUGCGUUAUUUUACUUUUUAAACUGAUCUCGUUUUAGAACAUUUUGGAUCUAAUUUUUUUCCCCUAUUUCUUUCCGGGCAACACGGAUCUAUAGAUCGCUUCAUUCCAGGCGACACUCGCGCCAGCCUCUGUCAUCCAGUCUAGACAAUUUGUCGUGGCUUAGAGUCUCUAAGUAACCAUGACGACCAUCAGAAACCCAAUGUGAAUUUUGCAGAAAAAUAGUAAAGAAAGAGGCAAGAACGGGAUCGGCGAAGAAGGAGGGUUUUUCGAUGUUAAUAUCUCUGCAGGGAGGAAAUUCCCUCUAUGAAAGACUUGCAAUAGUGAGCAACAGAAAAGUCAGAAGAAUAUUGCAAGUCUAGGGAUCCCUAAACAGAAACCCCUUUGCUACAUGACAUUCAAACCCGGCAUGGUCUAUUAAAAGUAUCGUCUUGCCGGUGCUUUAACAUCGACUAUUUAUGAAACCCAUAGGCUUCACAUUUCAAAGUGAACAGUAUCUGUGAAAAUAACCUUGUAAAGAAGUACAAUCAGAAGAGAAAUAUGGGCUUUUCCCAGGCGCUCCUCGUCUACGUCUUCGUGUCCAUCCAUCUUGGUGUAUCUCAGCAUUUUUUCCGCCUGCGUCCUUCGCCCAGCGAGCACCUCCCGGUGCCCGAUCUCAAGGAAGACCCGGACCCAGAGUAUGAUCCCCGGGAGCAGGACCUCGCCGAGAGAACUUUGCGGAAAAAGCUCGGCAGCAACUUCGACCCCAGCUACAUGUCGAUCACCCAUCCCUUGCUGGUGAAUCUGUCCACCCCUGAGCCGCCGAAACGGCUGCCAGGACCGAUGCCCAUGGAAAUCAAAAAGCUGGAUCUCUCCGAGACUCCAUACGGAAGGCGGGUAAAAGUUGGCAAGAAGGCCCGCAGGAAAUUUCUCCAGUGGCUGUGGACAUACACGUACUGUCCGGUAGUGUACACCUGGAAGGACCUGGGAGUGAGGUUCUGGCCACGCUACAUCAAGGAAGGCAACUGCUUCAAUGAGCGCUCUUGUUCCUUCCCAGAAGGCAUGUUUUGUAAGCCCGUCAAGUCAAUCACCAAGACUUUCCUCAGGUGGUAUUGCCAAGGAUUUUUAAAACAGAAAUAUUGUACGUGGAUACCGGUGCAAUACCCAGUCAUUUCGGAAUGCAAGUGCUCUUGUUGAGUUUUCUAAGGGAAGGGUUAGGGGAAACAGACUGGAAAUACGGUUUCUAUUGCACUGUUAACUUUCAAAAAAAAAAAAAAAAAAAAAAAAAAAACAAGAGAUGGGCUAUCGUGUCAUAUCUGAGAGCAUGGUGGCGAAUCUAUUUUUAUAUAUAGCAUUUUAAUUAAGAUACCAACAUUGUACAUAUUUAUGAUUAAAAAGCAGCUAUUUUUUUUAAAUGAACAGGACCAUAUUUUAUUUCAGCCCUGAAACGUGUUUUGGGGGAACGUAAGCACUUCAGAAAGAAGAGCUUUUAUUUUUAUGAAAAACUGAAGUUGGACAUGCGUAAACGUCUCCGAGAAGUUUUUGUUUCAACAGGACAUUGAUGCUGACUGAUCUUUCACUGCAAAAUGCUGCCUAGUUUUUUUGUAUGAUAUUAAUAUUAAUAAUAAUAAUAAUAAUUGAAAAGUUGAGGAUAAAAAUAUAUAAAGGCGUGAACUCAGCUUUUGGAAUACGUAUAGUAUUGUAGAAAGUUUAAACAAAUCUGUACAAUGUAUUUAUUAUUUUAACGAUUGUGACUAUAGAACAUAAGGAAAAUAGAGUAUACCAGUAAUUAUGGGAGAUGUCUACUUGAAUAUUUCUAAAAUAAAAAACGAAACAUAUCAGUGUAAAUGUAAUUACACGUUUUAGCAAUAAAGUCUAUCUUUUAAACGUUA